AUGAGCAGCGCGCCGGGCCCAGCGGAGCCGUCGCCCGCGGCGUCGCCGCUGCCCAGGGUGCUCUCGGCGCUGUUCUACGGGACCUGCUCCUUCCUCAUCGUGCUCGUCAACAAGGCGCUGCUGAGCGCCUACAGCUUUCCAUCACCAAUAUUUCUUGGAAUUGGACAGAUGGCAGCCACCAUACUUAUCUUAUAUGUGUCAAAAUUAAACAAGAUUAUUCACUUUCCUGAUUUUGACAAAAGUAUACCUGUGAAGUUGUUUCCUCUGCCUCUGAUUUAUGUUGGGAACCACAUAAGUGGAUUAUCAAGUACCGGCAGACUCAGUUUGCCGAUGUUUACAGUGCUCAGGAAGUUUACCAUUCCACUUACAUUACUACUGGAAAUCAUCAUACUUGGGAAACGGUAUCCGCUAAGUGUUAUAGUCAGCGUAUUUGCUAUCAUUCUCGGGGCCUUCAUAGCAGCUGGGUCUGACCUAUCUUUUAAUCUGGAGGGCUACACCUUUGUAUUGCUAAAUGAUAUCUUCACAGCAGCAAAUGGAGUUUACACAAAGCAGAAAAUUGAUCCAAAGGAGCUGGGAAAGUAUGGCGUCCUUUUCUAUAACGCUUUUUUUAUGGUGAUUCCAACAGCUAUUAUUAGUUUUUCUACUGGAGAUUUUCAACAGGCAACACAUUUCCAGCAGUGGACAAAUUUUUUGUUCAUCUUCCAAUUUCUUCUUUCCUGUUUUUUGGGGUUUCUCCUGAUGUAUUCUACUGUCCUAUGCAGCCAUUACAAUUCUGCACUUACAACAACAGUGGUUGGUGCCAUCAAGAAUAUAUCCAUUGCUUACAUUGGAAUGUUGGUUGGUGGAGAUUACAUAUUCUCUGUGUUGAACUUUAUAGGGCUUAAUAUUUGUAUGGCAGGAGGACUGAGAUACUCAUUUUUAACGUUACGAGGAAACAGCAAGCCUAAGCAACCUGGAGAUGAAGAGAGUGCACAUCCUGAGUCAAAGAGUUAGCAGAAAUGCCUGCCUUGAAGAAGAUACAAGUUUGUUUAAUGCUGCUGAGAACUUAAGUGUGUGCUGGAACGUAUUUGAAGCAAGUAAAAAAAAAAAAAGUCUACCUCAUUUGCCAUAGAUCUGAACACAUCUCAUCAGUUCAGAAAUAUUCUUGCACACUGUGUUUUUUAAAAAAGAAACCUUUGGAGAAGUUUAUUUUUAGCUAUUUUUACACCCCAAGCUAAUUUACAGGAAGCAGUACCACGAGCAAUUCUUAGAUGUGAAUUUCUUUCUUCUGCUAGACUUUGGAGCUAUUUAUACUCAACAAAACAGUCUUUUUCAGUUCCUAUCAGUAGCCUCUGAGGCAGAACUCUGUAAAGAUCAUGAGGCUUGUUUCGUCAUUGCCUUAUAUCAUAUGUGGUCUUUUUGAUCAGUGAAGAGAUGAAAGUGACUAGUGACUCAGAAUGAUUUCACAUAGACAUUUGCCUAUGUGUGAGUGACAGGAGAAUGCAUAUGUGCAAGAGGAGCUGUAUCUGAGAUUGUUCCUGGUGCGUGUUUCGACUGAAGAGCACUGUAUAUGGCCUUAGGUGUUUUGUGUGCAUUCAAUAGUCAUUCUCUCAGUCCUUUCCUUAACC